AUGCAGGGCGCCCCGGCAGGAGGCUUGGGCCCUGGGCUGCCCGCGGUGGACACACGGACGCUCCUGGUCUGCAGCUUUCUCCUGGCAGCAGCUUGGGGCCAAAUGAAUUUCACAGGAGACCAGGUUCUUCGAGUCCUGGCUAAAGACGAGAAGCAGCUUCGCCUUCUCAGGGAGCUGGAGGGGCUGAAGCCCCAGAAGGUGGACUUCUGGCGUGGCCCGGCCAGGCCCAGCCUCCCCGUGGACAUGAGGGUGCCUUUCUUCGCGCUGAAAGACGUCAAAGGCUACUUGCAGUCUCACGGCCUUGCUUACAGCGUCAUGAUCAAGGACAUCCAGGUGCUGCUGGACCAGGAGAGAGAGGCCAUGGCGAGGUCCCGCCGGCUGGAGCGCAGCGCCAGCAGCUUCAGUUACUCCUCCUACCACACCCUGGAGGAGAUAUAUAAUUGGAUUGAUAGCUUCGUCACUGAGCAUGCAGAUAUUGUCUCGAAAAUUCAGAUUGGCCACAGCUUUGAAAAUAGAUCCAUUCUUGUCCUGAAGUUCAGCACCGGAGGAGGUUCUGAGCGCCAGGCCGUCUGGAUCGACACUGGAAUCCACUCCCGGGAGUGGAUCACCCAUGCCACCGGCAUCUGGACCGCCAAGCAGAUUGUCAGUGAAUAUGGCAAAGAUUGUGUCCUGACCAAUCUAUUGAACACCAUGGACAUCUUCCUGGAGAUCGUCUCCAACCCCGAUGGCUUUGCUUUCACCCACAGCAUGAACCGCUUGUGGCGGAAGAACAGGUCUGACCAACCCGGAGUCUCCUGCAUUGGUGUGGAUCUUAACAGGAACUGGAGGUCAGGCUUCGGAGGAAAUGGUUCUAAUGACAACCCAUGCUCAGAGACGUAUCGUGGGCCCUACCCGCAGUCGGAGCCAGAGGUGUCUGCCGUUGUGAACUUCAUCACAGCCCACGGGAACAUCAAGGCUCUGAUUUCCAUCCACAGCUAUUCUCAGAUGCUCUUGUACCCUUAUGGCCACUCGCUGGAGCCCGUUUCAAACCAGGAGGAGUUGCACAAUCUUGCCAAGAGAGCAGUGCAGGCCCUGUACAAGGUCCAUGGGGUCAAGUACACUUACGGCAGCAUCAGCACCACCCUCUAUGUGGCCAGUGGGAUCACUGUCGACUGGGCCUAUGACAGUGGCAUCAAGUACUGCUUCAGCUUUGAGCUCCGGGACACUGGGCGCUAUGGCUUCCUGCUACCGGCCACGCAGAUCGUCCCCACGGCCGAGGAGAUGUGGAUGGCAAUUCGGACCAUCUUGAAGCACAUCCUGAGGCACCCCUACUAG